GACACUCAGCGCGUGUUGCUGUCGCAGUGGUGUGUGAUGAUUGGUCGUGUGUUGCUACAAUGUUGGAUGGGUUGGUGUCUGUGACGUAGUGACGGUUUCAGUGUGGGAUGAGUGAGUGGUGGCAUAUACAGAAAGCAAGCAGACAGACAGACUGAAAACAGACUUGCAUACUGAUAGACAGACAGACAGACAGACAGACAGACGGACAGACGGACAGACUCAUUGGACAAUGCCAUAGUGGAAUAUAACGAUUUUCUUGGUCAUGGUGACGUUUGUCAAGUGAGAGAAUUUUAUGAUCUACUUGUCAACAACACAAAGCUUCAGCACCGUCUGUCUGUCCAAGUCUUUUCAAGCAAAGUUGAGAUGUGUCUAGAGACAGCUGGUGAUGCCAAGGACAAGGCUCAUUUAAGAUCAGUUCAAGGAAAAGGUAGUGGCUCAUGGCUUGAAGCGGUUCCCUCCUCAGAAAACCCCAGCGAGUUUCGCUUAGCGGCUCUAUUGAGGAUGGGUUGCCCAAUGCCAUUUGGAGGUUGGCUGUUACACUGUGAAUGUGGGAGAGUUCUCGACAAAGACGGAUACAAUCUUCUUAGUUGUAAACAUGGAGGAGGCCCUAUAUGGCAGCAUGAUUCUGUUGUGAGUGGAUGGUCUGAAUGCUUGCGUGAAGUAGGUCUGCACCACAGAAAAGAACCAAGAGACAGAUAUACAAACAAUGAUUGCAGACCCGAUAUUGUGGUGUUUGACACUGAUUAGGGAUCAAACAUUGACUUAGAUGUUGCCUUUGCUCAUCCGUGGAACUCUGAAGUCUUAUCAAAAUCAGCAGAAGAAGAUGGAUUCGCGGCUUCAGCAAGGGAGGAGUGAAAGAGGAAGAAAUAUGCUAAGCUAGCCCUUUCCAGUGGAGGUACUACCAGCCCAACUCUCGUCCCGUUAGUCUUUGAACAUUUUGGGAGAUGGGGGCAAGAAGCAGAAAGAUAUUUAAAUAGUCUUGCGUCCAGAGCAAAGGGACUGUGAAGGGAAGAAAAACCAUUCUGAGAUUGCCUGCUACUGCAGGAAACGUAUAGCUGUAAUUGUGCAGAAAGCUAAUGCUGGUGUGAUACUAGGAAAAUUGAAGAGGAUAACAGGAGGUCGGGAACAUGUACAAUGUAGUGUGCACUAGUUAGUUAAUUACUUACAGUUUAGUUGUAGUUUAUGGUAGUUAAUUAAGACUCUUUGUAUUUGAUGUAAAUGGCAUAGGUGGUUUUAGCCUUUUAAGUUUGAGGCAGAGACAAGGAUUAGUGAAUAUUUAGUGUUGUAAUUGUGCUUAAAAUAUAUUGAAAUAAAUGAAGACAGACGGAUAGACAGACAGACAGACAGACAGACAGAUUGUUUUAUUCUCUCCCAAACUGUAAAUGUAACAAUCGUAAAAAUGAAAGCAUCCUAAGCAUUAACAAAAACUACUGAAACGUCUGAAGUCAUAGCUGUUAUCCUAAUGAACAUAGUGCUGAAUAUGUACAUCAAAGAAAAAAUCAUCUAUCUUACCUACAUGCAAUCUACUUAUCUUCUUUAAUGUAACUCUAGCAUUACAUCUUUGGAUAAUUAUAGAAAUCUGUCUACGCCAUCUCGUCCUGAAGUCAGCUUCAGUACUUCUGCCUUCCAAAUCUUUUGAUUUCUUCGAGAGUGAGUUCAGGAAGUUAUCAGCUUCCUGACCCCAGAACUCAAAGUGUUCAAAGACCAGAGGAACUAAGUUACAUCCUGAACUGACAGAGCAUUGUAUUUGCUUUUCUUUCUCAUCUCACACCUCUCAGCUGCAUAGCCUGCCUCUUUAGAUGCUCUAUUUAGGAUGUCUUUGCUCCAAGGGUGAGCCAUGCUUACAUCCAACUCUGUGCUUGAUUCAUCGUACACCAAAAUAUUGGGACGAUUUUCAGAUCAUUCUGUAUAUUGUUCUCUUGGCUCCUUGCGAUGGUGCAGUUGGAGCUCGUUCAAACAACUGCACCAUCCUGACACUAUAGAAUCGUGUUGCAAGACUGGUCCUUCUCCAAACUUGCAGGUGAGAAGAUGAUACCCAGUUCCAUCCAGUUCUACUCCACAUUCACAUUUGUUUAUGCAUGACUUAAAAGGCAUUGGUAGACCGAGCCUCAGAAAGGACGCUAGACAGAUGGACAGACAGACAGACAGGCAGAUGAAAUGCAGAUCAAGAAGUAAGAGUAGAAUUGAUCUCAACAUGUCAAGUAAUGAAGAAUCACUAAUGCAGGAGAAAACAAAACCAACAACUCCACCACAAGGUUACCUCAAGAAACUACAAGAAAUAUUAGAAAUCAAACAUGGAAAGGUGACGCGACGUAGCAUAGCUGCUUUAUCUGAUUCUGUUUCCAUUCUUCGGAGUCUUGAAAUCUCCUUGAGAACGAAUGAGAUCAAGUGGGUGCAUAGCUUCCUUGGUGAAGAAAACAAAGGUCUAGAGGUUUUGGUGGAUUAUAUUGCUCUUGCUCUAAGACUGCCUGAAAUUGACAACCAAAAACUUCGUCGAGUUUCUCGAGCCAGAUCGUCAGGAAACUUCACUGAUGAUGUACACAUCUGCAUUUUAUGUGUCAAGGCCCUCAUGAAUAACAAAUAUGGUUUUAGUAGUGUGAUGGAACACGACUCGUGUGUCAACUGUCUUGCGUUGACUCUCAACCAUCCAAACUAUAGGACAAAGACGCUUGUAUGUGAGUUGUUAGCUGCAAUGUGUCGCUUUCCUGGAGGCCAUGAGAAGGUCCUAUCUGCAAUGAACAAUUAUAAGGAUGUAACAGAAGAGACGCAACGAUUUCAACAUCUAGUAGAGAGUGUCAUCAAACCAACACAGACUGCAGUCCCAAUUGAAUAUCAAGCGGCUGCUAUUACAUUAGUCAACGUGAUUGUCUACACACCAGAAGACUUCAACUAUCGCGUUCACAUUCAGUUUGAAUUCUCACAACUCGGUUGGGACAACUGGAUGCAGAUGGUCAAAGAGCAAGCUGCUGAGGCAAUUGCUAAACAAAUAACAGCAUAUGAAGGCAACUACUACGAUGUGGAAACGUUGACGGAUGAAGCAAACACAAAGGCAAGUGCCGUUAGACGAGUCGAAGACCUGGAAAGAGAGCUGCAGGAGCUGUCAGAAAAGUGUCAAGUGUUGGAAGAUGAAAGUAUUGCCAAGACAGCUGAACUGCAGAAAGUAGUGACAGACUUGAGACAAGAAAUGCAGACAUUGAAAGAAUCAAUUGGAUCAAGAUCACCAAAAACAGUCAGUACUACAUCAGCAGACAAAGACAGCACACAGACAGAACCCACAGCCAACAGACCAGAUGACGCUGGCACAUCCACAUCAGAUCAGGUGUCUGUGUCUGUACCCGCUGCUCCUCCACCACCCGUGGCUGCUCUGCCACCUCCUCCUCCUCUGCUUGGAGCUCCAGCACCACCUCCGCUUCCUGGGGCACCUGCACCUCCACCACCGCCUGGAAUCGUUGGAACUGGUCAUCGUACAAAGCGUCAAAUCCAAACUAAAUAUCGCAUGCCUGCCUUCAACUGGCAGUCAAUUCAACCGGGAGGAAUCAGUCAGACGAUCUUCAGUGACAUCGACGAUGAGAAAGUCCACGAGGUGCUUGACUUCUCUAAUUUCGAGGAACAAUUUAAGACAAAAGCUCAACCGAAAGCAACUGCAACGGCAUCGUUGACGGAUGGAAAAGAGUCUUCACUGCGGGGCAGUGGGAGGAGACUGAAGAAGGAAGAGUCAUUGUUGGAUCCUUCACGAGCGAGGAAUGUUGCAAUUUCAUUGCGUCGCGUGGGAGUGAGUGCAAGCUUAGUCGUUGAAGCUAUUGAGAGAAUGGAUCUGAGUGCUCUUCCAGUCGAGUACGUUGAACUUCUCUUAAAAGUCAUGCCAACAGAAACCGAAUUCAAAGUAUUUGAACAAUAUGUAGCCGAUGGAAAACCAGUAAAGAAAUUGAACGAGACUGACCUCUUUGUACACCAAUUGAUUGGGGUCAAACGGUUGGGUCAGAAACUGAGAGUGAUGGCAUAUGUUGGAGAUUUUUUCGACAACAUUUUGACAGUCACGCCGCAACUAAAUGCUCUCAUUGUUGCUGCCAAUUCUCUUCUCUCGAGUCAGAAAUUGAAGAAAGUUCUUGAGAUUAUUCUGGCAUUUGGUAACUACAUGAACAGCAGCAAGAGGGGAGGAGCAUUCGGAUUUCGGUUGCAGUGUUUAGACCUUUUGGUAGACGUUAGAUCAACGGACAGGAAACAAACGUUACUCGAAUAUCUCGUCACCAUCAUCCAAGACAAAUUUCCCGACGUUGCAGACUUUCCAUCCGAAUUACAAUUUCUAGAAAAAGCAUCAACAGUGUCACUUGAGGCCAUUGUAGCAGACGUAAACGAGCUGUCUGUGAGCAUGCAGCUCGCUAGAAAAGAGCACGAGCUGCAGCCAGAAAACAACGUGCUAAAGAAUUUUUUGUCUAAUGCUGAGGUGAAAUUGAAGGGACUGGGAGAGGAUGUCGAAAGAGCAGCAUCUGUUUACAAACAAGCGCUUACUUACUUCGGUGAAGACACAAAAGUAACACCAAACGCCUUUUUCUCUCUAUUUAGUCGCUUUAUAAAGGCAUACAAGAAAGCUGUGGCUAAUCUUGAACAACGACAGAAAUUUGAGGAGGUUCGAGUUGAGCAGGAACUUGACGUACGAGGAUUUGACAGAUCGAAGCGAAAAUCAAGAGCAUUGCUUGACAUCCAUGACGGUGCUCUAGAUGAAGCAAUCAAAGGCAUGAAGAGUGAAGGCUAUCGAACGGGCGAAGAGACUCCUGGUCGGAGAGCACGUGCAGGCACUAUGGCACGACGAGUGAGCGAUUACCGAAAAACUUCCGUCGAAAUUCAUGUAACACACGCAGCAGCCAAUCGACGAGAAAAACCAAAAGACGCUUACCUUGCCAGCCGGCCAUGGCUGAAAUGAAUGUCAACACAAACAUGUUUGAUUUCAAUGAUGAGCACGAUCUGUGUGAGUCACAUUGGUAUGGAACUCGAUGUAGAUUGAGAUGAAGGAUUUUGGUAUAGAGAUGAAUAGAGACUCGACGUUUGUGUCAUCGAGCUCGUACUUUAUGAGUUAGAGAGUUUGGUGAUGAUAUGGUGGGUAGUGAUUGUAUUGCUUGCUGUAUGAUUGUUCUAUUGUUUGAGUUGAUAUGAACACGUCAUAUGCAGGUUA